AUGUUGAAGUCGAAAGGAAGUGACUCGGUGAAGCACCUACGAGGUUUUCUCUUAUCCCCCCAUCGCUCGCUCUCCGCCCACAUUUCUGCGGGAUCGGUGUCCGUUCCCGCAGAACCGAACUCGAUCGCCGUGGCAGACCAAAACCCCAACGAACCGCCUGCCUAUACGCCGCCUACUUCCAGUCUUGCCCCCCCUCAGCCGCGGUCGGCGACAUCGACUGCCGUGCCGUCAAUCCAACCCCCGGCCCCGCCGCACCUCCCUCCGCUUCUGAGCCGGAACCCUUCGCCCGACGACGCCGGUUCUGCCUCGACGUCCGCCCCUCGUCCCCACGGGGCAGUCGUGUCUUCCGAUAGCAAUCCCUCCACGCGCAUUCUUGAAGAGGAGGGAGAAGCGCAGAACGCAGCUGCUACACUAAGCACCACUGCUGCUUCUCGUCCCGACCCUAAGCGGAGACGCCGUGGAAGUAUGCUAGCAGAGCUCGGCAAGGGGGAGGGAUCAUCGGCUCGGUCUUCACAUUCGGCAUCUAACGGGUCUCGAGCUAGUGGGGGAAACCCGCCAGCAAUCGCAAGCACAAGCACAACCGCCAAGGCACACAGUGGCACCAUGCACAGUUCCAAACCUAACGGGGGCGGUCCCACGGCGGGACGACCGGCCACUUACUUUGGCCAUAACCGGGAAGAGGUUACACGUAUCUUGAUACAAGCGUUACAUGAUCUGGGCUAUCAUGCGGCGGCGGACAAUAUUGGGGAAGAGAGUGGGUUCGAGGUCGAAAGUCCCGAUGUGGCUGCGUUCCGAGAAGCGGUGCUUAACGGGUCAUGGAGCAAGGCGGAGGAGUUGCUCUGCGGCGACCGUAGGGGGUCACGAGGUGCUGGGCAAGCGGCGGCCGGAAGGGGGCUUGUCCUAGCCCCUGGAGCGGACCGCAAUACCAUGAGGUUCCGACUGAGGCAGCAAAAGUUUCUGGAGCUUUUGGAGUUGCGGGACACGGGUCGGGCGCUGGCCGUGCUUCGAAACGAGCUCACCCCUCUGUGCCAAGAGCAGCACCACACGCUCCAGGCUUUGUCGCGGCUACUAAUGUGCCAAGACGCAGAAGAUCUUAAGAGCCGGGCGAGCUGGGAUGGCGCCAACGGCCAGUCGAGGCAAAUAUUAUUGACGGUCUUAUCGGAGUCGAUAUCCCCGUCUGUCAUGCUUCCAGAUCAUCGACUAGCCGUUCUUUUGGACGGUUUGAAGCAGAGCCAGAUCGAGAGAUGCCGAUACCACACGGACAAUGUGUCGCCAUCACUAUGUGUUGACCACCUGUGUGAUAGGAACCGGUUCCCUACUGAGGUGGUGGCGGAAUUGUUCCACCCAACUCAGGACCCAUCAUCGAAGAGGACCGAUGAGGUCUGGCAGAUCCGGUUUUCCCCAAACGGCAAACACCUGGCAUCAUGCGGAAUAGGCGAGGCGGUCAAUAUCUGGGAUGUUGAACGGCUUACUCUGCUUCGGCAACUUCGUGGGCAUCAGAAAGCCGGAGUUGGCAGCCUCGCUUGGAGCCCUGAUAGUAAAUACUUGGUUACCUGCAGUUUUGACCACACCGCCAAACUCUGGAACAUCGAGACCGGCGAGUGUCUGAGAGCCUUAAACGAAGUCUACGAGGAACCAGUUAGCGGCUGUGCCUGGGCUGCAGACAGCCAAUCAUUCGUCACUGGGUCGUUUGACAAACAACAGUCGCUGAGGCUAUGGAACCUUCGCGGCGAUUGCCUACACACAUGGCCCAACGCACAUCGGACGGAGGAUCUUGCUCUUUCGCCUGACCAGCGGUGGCUUGUUGCCAUGGACGAGCAGUGCAACAUACAUAUCUACAACUUUCUCACCAGAGAGCACCUGUACGACUUGGCCCUCCGCGCAAGGGCGUCUUCGGUCAAUAUCAGCAGCGAUUCCCGAUUCGUCUUGGUGAAUAAAGCGGAUGGCCAGGCAGUUCUAAUCGACCUUAAGAGCCGUGAAACGAUCCAAACGUACAAGGGCCACUUGGCCGGGAACUUCACCAUCAGAAGCAAUUUUGGCGGGGCGGACGAGAACUUUGUGAUAAGUGGUAGCGAAGAUGGGCGUGUGCUCAUUUGGCACAAAUUGACGGGAGUAUUGGUCCACGAGGCUGAAGCUCAUCAUCCUGCGAGCUGCAACGUCGUCGUCUGGAACCCAACCAACCCAUUCAUGUUUGCCACGGCCGGUGACGAUGGGAAGGUCAAAAUGUACGUCCACCCUUCUCUCUUGUGCCCUGCUUCCGAGGGUUAA